UCGAACACGAGUGUUCGCUCUCUAUGUCUCAAAACCCGGAAGUAAAUUUUAUAUUCUUCUGUCAAAAUAUGUCAUCCGAAGAUCUCGCAGAUAUUAAGGAGAAAUUUGCAGGAACAUGGAAAGUUGACCGAAAUGAACAUUUUGAAGAUUUUCUGGCCGGUGUUGGCGUCAACUUCUUCAUCAGAAAAAUGGCGGGAUUGGCUCGACCCACAUCAGACAUAGUCGUAGAUCUCGACGAUGAGACGAUUACAAUCACAUUGAACUCCAAAUUCAUGAAGAAAUGCAGCUCUUUCAAACUUGAUACUGAGUUUGAAGACGAAUUCCAAGGCCAGAAAACAAAGGCAAUAGCUACGUAUGAGAAUGGCAAACUUACUAUUAAGAACACCCCAGAAGACACUUCUGUCAAACCAACGACCGCCACACGGGAGAUCACUGGAGAUGGAGAACUUUUACAGACCAUGUGUGUUGAUGAUGUGGUUUGCAAACGAUACUGGACAAAAGUAACGUAAGGAAAACAGAUUAUCAACUCCAGUAUUCCACGAAUGACACGUGCAACAAGCCAUUUAACUGGUCAAUCGGCAUAUACAUUGUAGACACUCACAAAACGCUUUGUCGACAGGAGAAUUUUGUAAACUCUGCCAAGAAAGUAAAGAUCCCUUGAAUAAUAUAUUAAACAAAAAACUACCUGUGAAAUAUUUGACUUUUGGGGCUAUGGCUUGGUCAUAUAUUGUAGCUCGUUUUUGUCCGCUAGGUCGCGAAGCCAUGUAUGACUACUGGGCUUACCUGUUCAAUUGCUUUUUCGUGCUUUUUGCGGUAUAAAGUUAUUAUAUCAUUUUAAGCCAAUGAACCAGAUCAUGUAAUAAUUCUAGAUUAAAUUGGCAUCAGGUUUCAGGGUGAACAUGUGCAUGUAUAUAUGGCAAUUCUAGGUUGUGCAUCACAAUAACCAUAAACGGAUUUAUAAUGAAUUAAACACAGUUGCAAGGUAUUAUUAGGCUUCAGAAAAUAUGCGCGUUUAAAAAGAAAGGCAAAACAACAAAUUUUGCUUCCGGUUGAAAAUUCGAAAUUCCUCGGCCAUUUUCCAUCGAAAACAUUAACAUACAUCCGAGGUUAUUUUCGAUGGAAAAUCGGGCCGAGGUGUUCCGAAUGCCGAUUGCACUGCCGAGAAAUAUAUUGUUUGAUGGGCGGAAUUAUGUUUUUCUAAAUAAAGUUGUGCCUGAAUAUCAUUUCCACACUGAAAAUAAAUACAUUUUAGCAUCUUUGUGCGUUGAAUUCUUGGUACUUACUUAAAUUGUGUAUUAUGAUUGAAUUGUACAUGUACCUACUUUUACUUGUAAAAAGAUUGUUAUGUCCUUUGUCAAUUACUCUGCCAUUUUUUGCCAUACGUAUUUUAAUUAUGAUGUGUUUAUUUUUAGCUUACCUAAGCACGAAGUGCUCAAGGUCAGCUAUUAGGAUUGGUGUUCGUCCGCCGGUCGUCCGUCCGUCUGUUCGUCCGUCAACAAUUGCUCUUAAACCAUCAGGCCAUUUCCAAUAAAACUUCACAGAAAGCGUUCUAUGGUGACCUUUUAUGAAAUACAACAAGACAAAUAUACCAACAAAACACCAACAUGGCUGACUUCCUGUCUUGCUUUAAAAAAUAUCUCUGAAACUUCUGAGUCAAAAUAAUUGAAACGUAUUGUCCAACAAAGCUUACACUGCCGAACUGAUAUCACAGCAUGAACCACCAUGAACCACCAUGAACCACCACCAUGAACCACCAUGAACCACCACCAUGAACCACCAUGAACCACCACCAUGAAUCACCACCAUGAACCACCAUGAACCACCACCAUGAACCACCAUGAACCACCACCAUGAACCACCACACAUAGAUUUCUGAACUUUUUUCCUGCCCUCCGAAUAUAUAAUAGCCAACAUACUUACCACAGAAAGUCAUGGAUUCCAUUAAAUUCCAGACUGGUUACAGUCAUCAUCGAAAUAUAACAAAAAAUAUACGCCGACAACCACUUAUUUAUGUCAGGCGGCUGUUAGUCUCUUGCAAUGAUUGUUCUGGUUGCAGUGCUACUUACAUUACUGAUGCAUGAACACAAAGAUGAAAAAAUAUAGACCGACACCAUCUGUAGAUGACCUACUACAUUGGGAAUAACACAUUUUAUAAGCAUUGCUUUUCCUUACAUAUAUAUCUCAGGUGAUCGAUUUAGGAUCAACAUCGACCUCUUGAUAUUUUAGUACGCGGAUAGAAUUUGCAAUAUUGUUUUGUUUUUUUGUUGUAUGCUGUUAAUGCCUAUACGUAGAUACAAAAUUUAUAUGAGUGGGUUUAAUUAAUUGCUAGACUGAGCAUUAUAUGUGCCAUAUUAUAUAUGAUAUUACUGCAUAAUACUAUUUGUAUGACAAUAAAAUAUUUUUAAACAUU